AUAAAUAAAGUGCAAAUAAACAGAAAUCUAAACCUACACUUGUUGUAGGAUGGCUGACCUAUGAUUGGUAUUUUAGACUGCCAGGUCUGGCAACUCCAAAGCCACAAAGUCGUAACACUUCUAAAAAUAUAUCUGACCGUAGCAACACCCUUUCCUUCCAGUGGGCAUCUUGAAAUCACACACCCGUAACACUAAUUGCCAUGUGACAUUUAGAUGGGGAUUGUCUACCCAGUUUAUUUUUAGAACCUUCUUCUGUCCAAAUUACUGGGUAUAAUAAAACUGCCAUAUUCAGGCCGCAGUGGAGUGUAGAGCUACUUAAAGUAGAAUUUUGGAGAAAACGAUGUUAUCUGAGCAAACAUUUCAGACAUUUCAGUGCUAAUUUUUUUGGAAUGGAGCACAAGAGGAAUCCCUGCUAAGUUGUGAAGCAUGUGCUUUGUAUGCAGAAAGCUACAGGGUCAGCUUUUGUUUGGAAACAUUUCCUAUCAAGUCAUGGAAGAGGCAAGUGGCAUCUCUGAUAUCGAGCUCUUUUAGAUAGGGAUUUCCUUCUUGAAGGGAAUCCCCCGCUCCUCUCUCGGGCGUGAGUCCGAGGAUCCUGGCAAGAGCGGGAGCCGCUAUAGAUCAAUCAAGGUUUAGCCAAAGAAUUUCUCACCCUCAGGAUGUUGAAGAAAGAACUCCGAGUUUUAUUCAGUUUCAGCUGAAAAAGGAUGACCCCCGCGAUCAUUCGUCAAGGAACCAUAACAUACAUUUACAGAUCCACCUCUUUUAUAACAAAAAUAUGGGAGGCGCGGAUUGAAUUUCGCGCUACACCUUUCCCCGCCUCCCUAUGCGCUGAUUGGUCCUUAAAAUGGCGGCGGGAACCUUCAUCCAAUCAGAGGGCUCCCUAUGCCUUGGGGUCCCCCACCAAUCAGGGAUGAGGAGGUGGGCUUAUCUAGGAACAAUGGACUUGCCAGGGAUUAAUGAGGAAUUAUGAUUGAGUCAUUGAGUAAAUGUCCAGGAGGGAUUUCUAGACUGCUUCUUGGGGUGUAAAUAUACAUAUUUGUCUGGCAGGCUCUGCACAAGGAAAAUAAUAUUGGAAAAUGUGUGUCAAUACAAGAAAAGCAGAAAGAUAAGCAGUGAGAAAUAAGGGCAAGCAUGUGGCUUAAAAUUGGCUAACUCUUUUGUCUGAAUAAACAGGGAGUGCUUUUGUUUGUCAGGAAAGGAUUGACAGGGUUGUUAUCUCUUGCCUCAGGCUAAAAGGUCAAACACCUUUGGUGCAGGGAUUUUAGUAAAUAUAUGAAAUACUAGCUUUGCCCGGUCACGCAUUGCUGUGGCUUAUGGGAAUCCUUUGUUGGUCAGGUGAAUAGGCUUGCAGUCUCAAAGCCUGGCCGUUUUCUGAAGUAGCUGGAGCUUUUUGUUGUAUGAACGUAGAGGCAUGGAUGAGGGGUUGUGCUGCCAAGUUUAGUGUUUCUGGGAUGUGUAGUUUUGUUGUUUUGUCCUACGCUGAAAUUUCAUUACUCUUUUAUAUAUAGAGAUAAAGCCUUGAUUUAUGAACUAUCUUUCACGAAGUCCUGGGGGGGGGGGGGGGUCGAUCCCAUCUCCAGGAGCCAUCAAGGAAGGGUGCAAGUGCAUCUUCUCCCGCUUGUCUUUACUUCUUUGGAAGGGAUUGGUGUACAACAGAGAAGAGAGGAGCAAAAAAAGGACACUCUGCCAUAUGGGAUGCCCUUGCUGCGGUAUUAGUUUUGGAUACCAACUUUUGACUGACUUUCGACAUGGACAUUGGCUUCCUAUAGCUCCCUCUGUAGCUCUUUGCCUUAACUGUAAGCUCACCAACAGAAGUGGCCAUUUCAAUCACAGUUCUAUACCAGUAGUGUAAGACAAUUACCUUCAAAGGGUCCUGGCUCAGGAGGGAAAUCAGGCAGAAAAACUCAGUCUAGUGAGAGAUGCAAAAAGCAAAGUUUAUUUUCACCACAGCUGUGAGAAGGCGGGACAGCCGUACACCCCAAAAGGUUUGUACUUGCAAAUGGCUGCCGCAACAUGUGCGCAGCAAACAAAGAAUUUAUACCUUUGGCUUAUCUAAAAUUGACCAAUGGCUGAGGGUCUUCCUCACCUUCCACACCCACUUGGCAUAAGUGAUACCUGUGACCUCACUUGUUAAUUUCAAGCUAACUUUUGGUCUUGGAACUUCCUGGAGAAAGGCACCAGCUCACAGGAAGGGAGGGGCACAUGCAGAGGCAAAGCUACAUAGGCAAAAGUUUACUAUAUUUUGGCUUAUCGUCCCUUCAGUAGUAGUAGUAUACAUAAGACAUUAAAAGAUGGAGGACAUUUGUGAGGUCAGAUUCUGAUCUUUAGCCAUCGCUGGAGGUUCCAAGACACUUGGAAUUCAACGGGGAUUCUAAAUGGUUGCUAGGUAUCUAUAUCACCUUGCCUACUAGGUGUUUUCAUGUGAUUCUGUAGGUUACUGUCAGAGUCACUUCUCAUAAGGCAUACCAGAGGUAUUUUUUUUAUUUGGUUAACCAGUUUCUUGAAGCUUUGUAACCAUGGAUCGCAGAGUUUCUUAUUUUAGGAGAGAGUCAUCUUUACCUCCCCGAAGACUAUCUGUCCGAAGGAGAUCUUCAUCCCCAAGGAGACCUUCGUACCGAAGGAGAUCUUCAUCCCCAAGGAGACUUUCAUACCGAAGGAGAUCUUCAUCCCCAAGGAGACCUUCGUACCGAAGGAGAUCUUCAUCCAGAGGAAGAUCAUAUGAGAGGAGGAAGUCAUCUGUCAGAAGGAGAUCAUCUGCUAGAAGAUGGUCAUCGGCAUCAUCAGAAGAUGAGGACACCAUAUUCUCUGCUUCUGAUGACUCUUGGGCUUGGGAUUCAGAGGAAGAUUCAAAUAUGGACCAAUCUGAGCAUACUUUAAGCACAACAGUUAAGACAAAUAUACAAAUGGAAGAGGACGGGUUAGGCUUAAUACUCAUCCAAAAUGGGCCCUACCUCCAGAUUGCAAGUCUAGUAGAGAAGAGCGCAGCAGAAAGAGAUGGAAAACUGCAAUCAGGGGAUACACUUCUGAAGAUCGGACAUGCGAAUGUUUUAGGAUGGACCCUGCGAGAGCUCAGGCAACUUUUGCACAACACCCCCAUUGGGACAGUUCUGCAGAUCCAGGUUUACAGAGAUUUUAUGAAGCUGCCCAAGAGAUGGGAAGCUGCUGUCAACAACAUUCCUGAAAUAAGGGGACCUGAGAUCGAAGAGACAUCAAGCUGUGCCAGCGAAGAAGCGUGGACAAGCAGCGAAGGCUCUGAUGAGAUUGUUAGUGACCACCUUCCUUGCAGUGGUGGCAACGAAGAGGACAAAGUGGCACGCGAGUCCAACACAGUCUGCUUCGAUGAGGACGGCAUCUGCACUCGAACUGGAGUCACAGGGGCUCCUGUCAGCAGCAGAAGUGUCCACUCAGAGACUUUUCCUAAUGUGAGGGCUGUACAGUCAGUUUCUUUUGAGCCUUCUAACCAACCAAAAUGGAUCUCUAAAGACUGGCACAUCGUUGAAAGGAAAACAUAUACAUUUACUGUGGGUUCAGAUAUUGGUUGCGACAUCAUGAUUCAUACAGAUUCUAAAGAGGAAAAUGAAAUGGAUAUUUCAAGUUCGUAUGUAACCUCUUCCUCACCAUACUGGACUAUGGAAAAACAUCAUGUGGGUGCGUCAUCAGGGUCUUCAUCUUCUGUUUCUGAUGCAUUUUGGCUUGAUAAGCAUGCUUACGAAUAUGAAUAAACAGGCAAAAGUUUUGUACUUCCAGGAA